UCAUUGAUGGCCUGGUGGGAAGAGCAUCCACUCUUAUCGUGUGCGCUUAAAUCAUCCGUUUAAGACUAACAUCCUCGGAAACUCGCCAACUUCCACUAAAGCGACAAAGUCGCGAUUACCGUUAUAUAUAGAUGCUAAGAUACAGGGCUUAAAUUCGGACAUAUAGACUGAAUAUGAACCGCCAGAGCCUUUUCCUGAUCAUCCUUGGGGCACUGCUGGUAUAUCUUCUUCCACCAUUGAACACAGAGAAGACCCCGAAAGAGCCACCAGAGGAGCAGUAUUCGCCGGGUGCUGUGGAGUCUGAUAUGAUCCUCUCUCCAGACCAGCUCGAGGAGCGUCAAGAAGGAGAGAUUGCGGCAGCUAAGGAAGAAAAACACAGAUUGGUGAAGAGAAACGCAAGGAAAGAUGCGUCGUAUCACUGGCCUGGUGCUAUCAUACCCUACCUCAUUGAUGACAAUGCAGCUGACUACGAAGGUACGAUCAAGUCUGCGAUGGAACAUUGGGAGAACCAAACUUGUCUCAGGUUUAAACCUUACACCAACCAACUCGGCGAAAGCCUCGGACACCAUGACUACAUUAGUUUAGAGAAAGGAGAUGGUUGCUCCUCUCCUGUUGGGAGACAAAGAACGGGAUCUCAGACCAUAUCACUCGGUAGCUCCUGCAACUUUCUUGGCACUGCAGCUCACGAGAUUGGCCACUCUCUCGGUUUCUACCACGAGCAGACGAGACCAGACAGAGACCAGUACGUCACCAUCCAGACAAAUAACCUCAAACCCAAAACCCACCACAAUUUUGUCAUGUAUGAAAGAACGGAAGGGAGUGAUUACCAGAUUCCUUAUGAUUUGGGGUCUAUCAUGCACUAUGGAGCUAAGUAUUAUUCUAAGAAUGGUAAGCUCACCAUUAAAACUCAGGAUUCUCGGGUACAGUCUGUUAUUGGACAACGAGAGGAACUCAGCUUUUUCGACAUCAAACUCGCCAACCUUAUGUACAAAUGCGGAGAUGGGUGUGACUUGAGCAAGGAGUGCUCCAACCAUGGCUACCUUGGACCAGGGUGCCAGUGUGUGUGUCCACUGGGACUCACAGGGGACACGUGUACUGAAGUGAAGACCCUCACAGCAGGAUGCGGCGGUGUGCUGACAGCUUCAUCUGGAACCAUCACUUCACCAAACUAUCCCCAGCCGUACGGACAGAGUCAGGACUGCAUAUGGUUUAUCCCGGGAGGCCCCGGCAGGAAAGUGACCUUAACAUUUGACAAGUUUAGUUUAGAGGCUGACAGCUACUGCGCUUAUGACUGGCUGGAGAUCAGGAUACUUGGCCCACAGUUCCGGGGGCCGCGCUUCUGUGGUAAGAAACCACCAAACUUCCCGAUAGAGUUAAGGAACGAGGGCCUCUUUCUACGUUUCCAUUCGGACGAUGCUGAUUCGUAUCCGGGAUUCUCUGCUAGCUAUAAAGUGGAAACUAUAACUAUGCCAGUGAAUGGUGGCUGGACGACCUGGGGAGAUUGGCAGAAAUGUUCCGCCUCUUGUGGUUACGGAAUUAAGAAGCGGACUCGGAAAUGUAGUGACCCCAAGCCCGCUUACGGAGGCGCUGGGUGCGAGGGUCGCCCAUUAGAAUUCCUCAAGUGUUCAAACGGCCCCUGUUGACGUUGUUCGAUACAAGCAGACGUGGACGAGGGAGUUUUCCCAAAGCCCCCCAAAACGCCAGCGCGAACGCCUAUCUCAUUGUUCGAGCUCCUGUUCACGAUGUCGAACAAUGGGCAGGCGUUCAUGUUGGACACUUCGAGAGCUUUGCGUAAACUCCUUACUAAUGUUGUCAUGUCUGACUGAACACGUGUUCUCGAGUAGUAUGCCUCCCCAUCCUGAGGAAAUCAGGGGUGAUCUAUUCGCUUAUCUCCGGCCCGCUGCACAAAGUUUGUGUGCAGGCCGGAGAAGCCAACAUUGUAGCCCCUGAUUUCCUCAGGAUGGUGAGGACAACUGCAGUUAUACAUGCGUCCCGAAAUUGGGGGCUUGCAUUGGAACUAACUUUUUCCCCUUGUCCGUCAUUAAAGGCAUUCAAGUGUGUUGGUCAACCAUGACUAUCUCCUUUGUCCCUCCACCAUGAGGCCUUGUUUCCCCUCAUGACAUCACUAUUUCGGACACUCAGCGCCCCAUUUCUGGAAAGGUGUAUAGGCCUACCUCUUCUUGAACACAUGUAUUUCAAAAUAAGAAGUUAUCGUGUUGAACAAUAUCUCCAAGAAAGUAAAUAAAAACAUUGUUUUUUGUUGAUCAACAUAGAAUUUUGUUGAGACUAGCUUUCGACACUACCUUGUCUUCUCAAUCCUGUAGAUGUUAUAGUUAGAUUGUGUCUGUGUAUUUCAUUGUUGCAAAUACACUUCUGUCGGAAGUCCACGUACAUGUAUAUUAUACAUAAAGAGCAUAA